AUAUUCCCGACCGUCAUGAAGCAUAUUACCAGAGAGAGCCCUACCGCAGUAGAGAGAGAGAGGAGAGGGCCGGACCGGCAGGAGAGAGAGAAGAGGCCCGACCGGCAGGAGAGGGAGAGAGAGGCCCGACCGGCAGGAGAGAGAUCAAGAGAGGCCCGACCGCAGGAGGAGAGAGAGGGCCCGAACCGGCAGGAGAGAGAGAGGAGGCCCGACCGGCAGGAGAGGAAGAGAGGGCCCGACCGGCAGGGAAGAGAGGCCCGACCGGCAGGAGAGAGAGAGAGGGCCACGGCAAGGAGAGAGAGAGAGGGCCCGACCGGCAGGAGAGAGAGGGCCCGACCGGCAGGAGAGAGAGAGAGAGGCCGACCGGCAGGAGAGAGAAGGGCCCGACCGGCAGGAGAGAGAGAGCGGGGCCGACCGAGAGGGCCGACCGGCAGGAGAGAGAGAGUAGGGCCCGACCGGCAGGAGAGAGAGAGAGGGCCCGACCGGAGGGAGAGAGAGAGGGCCCCGACCGGCAGGAGAGAGAGAGAGGGCCCGACCGGCAGGAGACAGAGGGCCCGACCGGCAGGAGAGAGAGAGAGGGCCGACCGGCAGAGAGAGAGAGAGAGGGCCCGACCGGCAGGAGAGAGAGGAGAGAGAGAGCGGGCCCGACCGGCAGUGAGAGAGAGAGAGGGCCCGACCGGCAGGAGAGAGAGAGAGGGCCCGACCGGCAGGAGAGAGAGAGAGGGCCCGACCGGGAGGAGAGAGAGAGAGGGCCCGACCGGCAGGAGAGAGAGAGAGGGCCCGACCGGCAGGAGACAGAGGGCCCGACCGGCAGGGAGAGAGAGAGAGGGCCCGACCGGCAGGAGUAG